AUGUCGCAAGAUGUGGACUACAAGGCUCUCUUACUCGAGGCGGAAGAGCGAGCAAGGCAAGAGAAAGAGUUACGUCUCAAGGAAGAAGAGUUGCGUCUCCAGGCAGAAGAGCGAGCAAGCAAGGCAGAAGCGCGAGCGUCACAAGAGAGGGAGCAGCGUCAACAAGCUACUCAAAAAACAACUUUCGAUGAAUACCUCUGGGGAUGUCACCGCCUGAUCUCUGUAACGAUUCGCGUCCAGCGCAUAGAACACUCAACCCAAGGGUCGAUAAACAAACCGACAGGCAAGGUAUGCCCGCGGUAUCUGCAGGAGUGGGGUGACUGUUCCGAUACUCUGCAAUACUUCUACCAGCGCGUUUAUGACUUUCUCCGACAGGAAAGGCUGUUUCUUCCUGUUAUUACGCUCGAGGGGCUCGGCCAGAUCUUGAACCACCCAAUAGGGAGUGAGAAGGAUAUAGAAUUCUACGGUCGGCUGGCCGUCGAGCGGCAUGUUUAUAAUAUUAUUUCGGAGCUCUGCAAGAUGGAAGAGGCUCGGGAAGAAUUCCAGCUAGGCGAAGAAAUCACGUUUGAGAACCAUGCGAACAGUAUUGACGACCCUGAUAAUGAUACUGAUGCUAACUACAGCCCUAUCAUUGAUCGUGCCUUUGCGGACCAAUUCUGCAUUCACAAAGUGAAAGAAGGCACCACGACUCUUCUUACAACUGUUGAGUAUAAGCCACCUCAUAAGCUGCCCCCUGAAUACCUGAAUUCCGGCCUACGGCCAAUGGACCUCUGGGAAGAAGUUGUCCAGCGAGAUAUCAAGAAAAUCCCACCAGAAGAGAAAAUCAAAUACAAUGCAGAGAAAAUAUCAGCUUCUGUCCUUGUUCAAGAGUACCACGUUAUGAUUACCGAGGGCUUAGAAUAUUCAUACGUCACCAAUGGGAUAUCCUAUGUUUUUCUCCGCGUUCCAGAAGAUGACCCGCAGACACUGUACUACUUCCUCUGUGAACCCAACACCGAUGUCCAUCUAGAUGAUAUUGGGCCAUGGACUGCCAUAGCUCGUGUCCUCGCUUUUUGUUUAAUGUGCUGUCAGUCCACGGCUAGAGACCAUACGUGGCGGAAUCACCAGCUGAGACAUGGACUACGGUGGGAGACAGAUCUUGACUAUGUCAGAUCACAGAUACCCAAGGAGGAGCUUCGCCAAACACCUCCAGGCUCAGAAUAUAUACCUUCCUCCUCCCCUGCUGGUUCUUUCACCAUCCCAGAUAACCGCGGAGGUAUCAGAACUCGGUCUCAAACCCGCUGCGCUCCGAACACAGAAACACAAGGUUCAGGCCCGACCGACUCCGACUCCGAUCCUGAAGCGCCUUCCGGCUCAAGAGCCAAUCUUGGAGGGCGAAAAAGAAACUUGAGCGAGCUCACCUCCUCGUCGUCCAGCCAACACGGCGAAGGGGCGGGUCAGAGAGGCCAGAGAGGCCAAGUCCAGCAACGGCGACAGCACAUUGAGUCCUUUUGUACACAGAAGUGUUUGCUUGGUCUCCGACGGGGGACCAGGCUCGAUAUGAGCUGUCCAAACGUUGACCGACAUAGACAGGGAAACACCAAUUCCACCCACCACCUUAUUAGUGCAGACCAACUCGUUAGCUUGAUCAAUCGUCAGCUAGACGAGAACCUUGACCUCGACUGCACCCCAUAUGGUAGACAUGGCUCGUACGGACAGCCAUUUAAAAUCACCUGUCGCAGAUAUGGCUACACUGUUCUCGGUAAGGGAACAACUGCGUUCCGCUGGAACGAGGUACGACGUGAGGUGGAAGUCUAUCGUUUUCUACACGCAGCCCAGGGAUCUGCAGUGCCUGUUUUCCUCGGCCCUAUCAAUCUUGACAUGGUCUACCACGUUCAUGGGGCAGGCUCUAUCCGGCAUAUGCUCCUUAUGGGCUUUGGGGGAGAAGAAGUCGGCAAGCGUUCUGGCGAGUUUGCCGGCCACAUUGAGCGAUCCACGCGAGAGCUACAUGAUCUAGGAGUUAUCCACGGUGAUCUCAAGCCUAAUAACAUGCUAUGGAAUGCGGAGCUACAGAGGGUCCUGCUGAUAGAUUUCCAUGGCUCCAAGCUCAUGCUACCCUUGGAGAGGACGAAGAAGAAGCAGAAGGUGAUGAACCAGGAGAGCAAGAAGAAGAGCUUGAAACGACUGGCGGAUAACGGGGAGACUAACGAGGGCAUAAAGAGAACCCGUCUUCAUUUGUGUGAGACCUAA